CCACAAUACCUCAGCCCCCUCCUCCUCCUGCCCUGUCCUCAGCUUCUGUCACUCGCUCUGUAGACUUUAGUGAGAAAACCAGGCGCCUGAAUAGAUGGGCUGCACUAUCAGGCGCUAGUUUGUUUUGGAUGGACGUUUUCUCCGCUGCUGUAGACGAAAUUCAUCCGUCUUUUGGAACAAAACGUCCGUCUUGCUCUGUUAAGUCCUUUAACGUCCAGCAUCCACCAAAUCUCCGCUUCUGAAACACAGAUGCCACUUCUCCUGCAGUAAGAACCAUGAAAUUGCUGUGGAGCUGUGUGGUCCUGUUUCUCUUGGGCUGUGUGUGUGACCUCACGUUGUGUUUGGACCCCAGAGAUCCCAAUGUGUGCAGUUUAUGGGAGAGUUUUACCACGUCGGUGAAGGAGUCGUACGCUCAGCCGUUUGAUCAGGUUUAUGAGGAGCCCUGCUCUGAACCCUGGAGGGCCAACACAUGCACUCGACACAGGAUCACGUAUAAAACGGCGUAUCGUCAGACGGUGAAGAUGGACUAUCGCAGGAGGUAUCAGUGCUGUCCGGGAUACUAUGAGAGCAGAAAUAAAUGUGUUGCGCGCUGCACCAAAGAGUGUGUUCACGGGCGUUGUGUUGCCCCAGAUCGCUGUCAGUGUGAAGGCGGCUGGCGAGGAGACGACUGCUCCAGCGCGUGUGAUGAUCUUCACUGGGGUCCAGAUUGCAGUAAACUGUGCCAGUGUCAGAAUGGAGGCCAGUGUGAUGUUGUUUCUGGUUCCUGCCUUUGCUCUCCUGGAUUCACAGGCACGCACUGCCAGGACCCAUGUCCUAAGGGAUUCUUUGGGCAGGGCUGUCUACAGCAGUGCCAGUGUGGAACAGGCGGCUCCUGCAACACAACAACAGGAGAGUGUGUGUGCAGAGAGAGAGUAACUGGAACACUAUGUGAUGAGCCAUGUUUAAAGUCUCGCCGAUGCCGUCCUCGCUGCUCAUGCCAGAAUGGAGGCAUCUGCCUGGGCAAAGGAGUGUGUCUUUGCCCACCUGGAUGGACGGGGCCUGUGUGUACGGAGCGUUGUGCUGAGGGGAGGUUUGGUGCAAACUGUGCUAAGGAGUGUCUGUGCCAUAAUGGAGGUCACUGUGACCCGGAGAUAGGCCAGUGUCAGUGUGCUGCUGGUUUUACUGGUGAGAGGUGUAAGGAGGAGUGUGCUGUGGGAAGUUACGGUCAGGACUGUAAAGGUGUGUGUGACUGUGCUAACGGCGCGCGCUGCUUUCACAUUCACGGAGGCUGCCUGUGUGAGCCUGGCUUCAGCGGCCCACAGUGCUCUCAGAGGAUGUGUGCUGAGGGAGCGUUCGGCAUGCACUGUGAACACAGCUGCCUCUGCAGCCCCCAGCACACUCACAGUUGUCACCCACUGAAGGGAGAGUGCACCUGCCAGCCUGGGUGGGCGGGACUUUACUGUAAUGAAACCUGUGCUCAUGGUUACUUUGGAAAUGGUUGUCUUCAGCCCUGCCUGUGUGUGAACGGUGGGGUGUGUGAUGUGGUCAGCGGGGUGUGCAACUGUGCACCAGGAUACACAGGAACUCACUGUGAGAAGGACUGUGAGACGGGUUUUUAUGGGAAGGAAUGUUCCUCUAAAUGUACCUGCAAAAACGCCAUCGCCUGCUCACCCACAGAUGGAACCUGCUUCUGUAAAGAGGGAUGGAGGGGUCCAGACUGUUCCAUCCCAUGUUCAGAAGGAUCGUGGGGUCCAGGCUGCAAUGCUAGCUGUCAGUGUGCUAACGGAGCGGGGUGUGAUCCGGCAGACGGCUCGUGUACGUGUACAGCAGGCUGGAGUGGAGCGCUGUGUGACCAGCCCUGCCCUGUCGGUACCUAUGGCCCUGGCUGCCAGCACAGAUGUGACUGUGUCCAUUACAGAGGCUGCCACAGCGUGACGGGACAGUGCCUGUGUCUGCCUGGCUGGACAGGUCCGCGCUGCACAGAGCAGUGUCCAGACGGAUCCUGGGGUCAUCAGUGCAACCAGAGCUGCUCCUGCCUGAACAGCGCCUCCUGUCUGCCACACAGUGGUACUUGCUUGUGUAAGCCUGGAUACUGGGGACCUCAGUGUCAGCACGUGUGCAGUCCGGGUGUGUAUGGGGAGAAGUGCAGCCAAAAGUGUCCUUCGUGUGUCCACUCCACUUCCUGUCACCAUAUCACAGGCCAGUGCCUGUGUCUGUCCGGCUACACAGGACCACUCUGUGAACAAGCCUGUCCAGUUGGCUACUAUGGAAAGCAGUGCAGUGGUGUUUGUAGGUGUGCCAACAAUGCAACAUGUCAUUAUCAGGAUGGCUCGUGCCAUUGUCUCCCAGGCUGGGCUGGAGCAGAUUGUUCAGUGUUGUGUAAAGCUGGGACAUUUGGAACUAACUGUGCUCAGACCUGCUCUUGCUUACCAAACCACUUGUGUGACCCUCAUUCUGGAGAGUGUGUGUGUGAACCUGGACCAGGCAUGGACUGCAAACAAGAGAGGGUGGUGAGUGUGAUGAUGCCUGUGUCUCCGGUGGAGAGAGACUCGUGGGGGGCUAUUGCAGGUAUUGUGGUGCUGGUGAUGCUGGUGGUGCUCCUGCUGGCCCUGCUGUUGCUUUACCGCCGCAGACAGAAAGACAAGCAGAGUAACACUCCCACUGUGUCCUUUUCCUCCACCCGAACCGUCAAUUCGGAGUACGCUGUGCCAGAUAUACCCCACAGCUACCAUCAUUACUACUCCAACCCCAGCUACCACACACUUUCCCAGAACAGACCUCCCUUACCCCACGUUCCCAACAACCAAGACCGGGUCAUCAAGAACACCAAUAAGCAGCUGUUCUGCAGUCUGAAGAACAUGGAGCGGGAGAGACGAGGCCUGUUUGGGGUGGACACUAACGCUACUUUACCUGCUGACUGGAAGCACCAGGAGCCCCCUAAAGACCAAGGAGCCUUUGGCAUUGACCGAAGUUACAGUUACAGUGCCAGUCUUGGGAAAUACUACAACAAACAGCUCAAGGACUCCUGUGUUGCUGUGAGCAGCAGUUCUCUAAACAGCGAGAACCCGUAUGCCACCAUUAAAGAUCUGCCCGGUCUUCCCCUGUGCCCUCCCGAGAGCAGUUACAUGGAGAUGAAAUCUGCUGUUCCACACGAGAGAUCCUACACUGAGAUAAACCCCCCGGCCCUCCCCUCCACCAGCAUCUCCUCCAGAGAACAAAGUCACCUUGGAAAUGUUCCUGAACAGGAGUCUCAGAACCAUUACGACCUGCCGGUCAACAGCCACAUCCCGGGACAUUACGACCUGCCGCCGGUACGUAGGCCCCCAUCACCAUCACCACGAAAACUGCCCCACUGACCCUGAAGCACAAUUAUACCUGUAAUCACCUUACUGCUCUCUCACAAACUGGAGGAUUACAUCGUGCUCCUCUUCUCUUACGAAAGUGAUUACUGAGGAUAAAUCUACCCAACGAUACGCCAUUGCAAAACGAACGGACAAUGAGGACUGGGCUUAUGAAAUGAUGGUGGUUAUUGAUUUGCUUGACCAAUGAUUUAAGGUCUAAUGAAGAAGGGGUAUUAUCAUCAGCCUGACUGACCUCCAUCCAAAGUGCAAAAAAGGAAAAAGAAAAAAAAAAGCUCGAAAGAAUGAAUGGAUGUAACAGCACAACACUGCCAUCUGCUGGACUCCAAUGUGGACUAUACUGAACACUGUUAAAUACAGGAUUUUUCUCCAUUCAUUAAAGCAUAUGUUUAUAUAUAUAUAUAUAUGAAAAACAGGGUUCUGAAUGCUUUUGCUGUUUAGAAACAUCAUUAUGUAUUUCUUCAGUUGAAUUUUCAUAUAAAUAGGACUGACCUAUCAUGGGGUAAAUGUUACAGUUUUCACAGCUUUAUAAUCUAUUUCAGUUGUUUUUUGCCAGGUUUUUUACAUUUUGCAGCACUUUUUACAUUGUACAACCUCUGUUUCUCUGAAUGUCAGUUGAAUGUAAUCCUUUAAGAAUGUAAAUAUUGUAAAUAAACUGGAUGUCUGGAUGAAA